AUGUCAAUACCAUCAUCAUCUUUUGGCAAAUUCCAAAGUUUACAUAAUUCACUUAAAUUCUUGAAUCUAUGUCGAAAAAUCGGGAUCCCCGUUGACGCAACAACCGAAUCGUUAAUAAUAGAAGAGAAGAGUAAAAGCAUUGAAAUAAGUCUAGAAAAAGAAAAGAUUAGUAGUAACAAUAUUAAUAAUAAUGCACUCGAAGCUCUAUCAACACAGAAAUCACUAAAAGAGAUAUUUGCACACGGAAUGCGUCUUGAUGAUUUUUCACGCGGAAAUCCGCUUCUCUUCUUCUCUGCUGCUUUGAAUGCAUCGCAACGAAAAAAAGCGCUGACAACUCUAUAUAAAUGCGUCUAUUAUGAAAAUGAUAAUUUUGCACAAACACAGUCGAAAUCAUCGCAGAAAUGGUGGGGUAAAAUUCCUAUUAUUGUCGUUGAUGUUAAUAAAAAAAUUAAUGAUGAACACAAAAAAGGAGUUUUUUUGAUGCUUUAUGAUUGGUUAGAAAAAGGUCUAUUUUAUGGAUUAUCUAAAGCAGAAUUACUCUCGUGUCUCCGCGGAAUAUCGACAAAAGAUUCGAAAAAUUUACACCGAAGUAAAAUGAUAAUAUCUUACAAAUUGAAUAAGAUCAACGUUUCGACGAGUAACGAUAGCCCAGCGAACCAGCCCCCAGAAGAGCCAGAAGGCACAUGA